UUUAUAGUCAAUUCCCCAGCAUGAAAACCCAAUAGGCAGCCUACUUAAUCGUUACAAUACAUAGUAAGCCUGACCAAAAAAGUCAGUGGACGGCUGCCUCGCCCCAACAGAUUUUAUUUCUCCCGUAAAAUACGAGUAAGGUGAAACCUACAAAUUAAAUCAUGAUUUACGGCAUGCUGGUGACACUCUCGACUGCAAUCUAUACUACGGUGGCCACCCUUUGGCAGGUUCAACAGACCCUAAUCAAUUGGAUGAUGUCGUUUAGUCUUUUCAUUUUGGGUCUGUUCUGCAAGCCGUAUUUGGUAGUUCCCCUGUUGGCAGCUGGGUUCUUCAUGGUGCGCCGGAUCUUGCUGCGGCGGCAAAGCGGACCCAAGCCUGGAAAUCGCCGGGUAACAACGAGUCUGGGUCGUCCAGGCAUUACUCCAUUAAAACCCCACCAUCACGCGACACGGAGAGCUCCCUGCCCAAUAGCGUCGGUGACACAUCCCAGAAGUAGUCGAGCAACGGAUAAUCACACGAUUCACACGGGUUUAUAAAACAUAUAACAUACGUCUGAAAUACUACAUACACAUUCCAUGAGAACACUCAUACAUGUGCACGGGUGUGGAUGGAUCCUAAGACUAAAGCAAUUAAAAAAUA